AGAUGCUAUGCUGGAUUCAGAUGAAACUGUUUCAUCAAGUGAUCUGAAUACACUUUCUUCUCCAGAACUACUUCGUAGACCUGAUACUUUGGAUGAAUCAGAGUGGAGUUCCAGCGUUGGGAACUUCUUCUGUAAGAAGAAUUCUACACUCUUAGAAUGCAAAGAAGCGGUGGAUAUAGAUUUACAUCCAGAACCAGAAAAUGUUUCCAAUAUUUUCAAAGAAUUUCCUAAAAUGAACUGCAUGAAGACAAAUAAAAGAACAAAGACUAUCCAAUCAAAGGACCCUUCUGUGAAGCAGCAUUUAUCAACCACUGUUUCAGGCAAAAAGGUGUUUAAAAUGACACCAAAAAGUAAUCAAAAACCUUGUACUGUGUCUUCUGCUAAACUUGAAAAAAAGAAAGUCCAGCCAACUGAAAGCACCUUAUAUGAAGGACCACAACCAAGCCCAAGUACUCCUGGCACUAAACUUUAUAAAGUAGAAGCUGCACCGAAUAAGAAAGUGCAGGCAACUGAAUGCACCUCAUAUGAAGUACCUCAGCCAAGUCCAAGGACUUGUUUUGUACAUGCAAAUCCAAGUAUUCCUGGCAGCACAGUUGGUAAAGUAGAAGCGACACCGAAUAAGCUGCUUCCUACAAGAAAAGAAAUAUGUUCCAUUAUUAAAGCGCCACUCUGUCCUCAUCAUUCUGGAAUGAGAAGAGUAAUAAUCGGAAAGUACAAACCACAUAAAGGCGGCAAGAAAUCCAUCGAUUUCCUUUUGGAUUAAGUGCCCAUGUCAUUGCAUCAGCAGACCUGAAAAUCUUAUUUAAAACUGGAAACUGCAAAGAAAUAAGGAUGGAAGUUACUGUCUGAACAGUACCGUUACCAGCACAGGCUGUUAAAUGUUUUGAUUACUGCUCACUU